UGCUCAGUUCAACAUGGCGCUGUCCUGCUCUAGCCUCUGCGCUCACCUGUCUUUGGCCAGAAUCUGUGGGUUCAGGAUAAACAAGACAACUAACUGCCUUUACUCACCGUUUGUGUCCCGUCAGACCAGGUUGCCUCUUGGUAAACAAUGUUACUCCACAUCCAAAGUAAGGCGAGGUUUUGGUCGGUAUGUCUCUUCAAAGCUCAUUUCUGCCAACGCCAAGUACGAAGGAUUCCUCAAAAGGCGGUUCCCCCGUUUUUAUCAGCUCCACCACACAUUUGUUGAAGGGUUCAAGUUACUCUUUCGCGAUGCAAAUGAGGUGAGGAGGAUCAAAUCAAAGCUCCACAGUGAGCGGUUGCAGUACAAAGACCUGCCUUACAGAGAAAUGGAAAAACUCAGACAGUUUCGCAGAGAUCUGAUUAAAUCUAUUCCACUGGUGUUGAUCUCCAUCCCUCCAUUUGCAAAUUAUCUAGUUUUCGUCUUGAUGUACUUUUUCCCGCGGCAGAUACUGAUCCCUCAUUUCUGGACACCACAGCAGCAGGUCACAUUUCGGGGCAUUUAUCAUUCAAUGAGAGUGCAGCACUAUCCCUCUGUACUGAGAGGACUGGAGCACUCAAACCGCAAAGUGAAAGAUAAACCCUUACAAAAGAGCCUUAAAGACCUAUAUACUAAAGUGCAAAGUGGAUCCACUCCCAAAGUGUCUGAAAUCCUCGCUGUCCGUAGCCUUUUUUCUGGACCUCCUCUGGGCAUAAAAAGGAUGCGCACAGAACAAAAGAGACAGUUGAGUCGGCUGCUCUUCCUCACCCCUCACCUGCCUGUGUUCAUGGUGGGUCGGAGACUGUACAGUCACGCUCUGGAGCUUCUGUACCUGGACCGUGCCCUGAGCCGCCUGGGCCCCCACCAGCUCAGUGACACUGAGCUCAGACAGGCUUGUUAUUUAAGAGGGCUUAAUUCUGACAGCCUCAAUGCUUACCAGUGUCGUGAAUGGUUGUCCCAUUGGCUUCAGGUUUCCUCUACUCUAAAAGAGUCAGAAGUGUCAUUGCUUUUGCACAACAUUGUUUUUCUAUCAGCCAACUAUUCACACGGGGCCAGACUACUCUGACAGGAAGGAAACUAUCAGCAUAAGCCAAGAAUUUAAGCUUGAACAGUGUAAAGGUCCUAAACCUUAAAGGAGACAUAAAAUGCACAAAACAACUUUCAAAAUUUUUUAACCAUGUUAUAAUGGUUUUCAUUGAUCAUUAUCUUCAUUUAGAGUUGUAUUUAGAUUGAUUCUUGCAUGUUUGAGUAGUCCUGUAUUGUUCAGCACUGUUCUAUCCCUGCCCAUGGCUCCGCACUUUUUCAAAAACAAAAAUACAUUAUACAAACGUCCCUGCUUGCUAUGGUAACUUGCAGUAGAGAAUUAGUCUAACAGAAGUCAUUGCACCUGUUUCUAUUAUAAAAGCAAGCAAGAUUGCCGUUUACAAUGAACAAAAUGUGUGCCUAAUAUGUCUUCUUUAACCUUUUGUGUCUCUGUACAUAAGGUGUAUGUAAAGUAGAAUCCAAAAACAUUCUGUGUAAUUACCAGGUGAUUUUUACAUUGUAACAGUUGAAUGUUAAGUGGCAUUUCACAACACAACAUAUUGAGAUAGGCUUCAAAAGUUAUAAAUCAGAUAUUUUUGGCAAAAAUAUGCCAUUUUGUUCAACAGCCAUAGCCAAGUCAAUAUAAGUGUACGGUAACUGUAACUAUAACUAUAACUAUACUACACCGUAAAAUGACUACUGAAUGAACCCUGACUCAAUUAGUUAACAUCUUAAAGUCACAAUCUUGAUAGAUUUUGGGUAUAUUCUGAAUUAAUGGAAUCUUUGCUUUUUGCUAUUCACUGUUUUUGCUACUUGUGCCACACUAUCUUGAACAUGUACGUAUCAUUACUUAUCAUAGAGAUAAAAAAAAAAAAAAAAAAAGGUAGUCGUCUUGAAAAAUGCUUGUAGAUUUCAAAUAAGACAAGCAAAUUUGCUCAGACACAUUCCAGUUAUUUCACUUACCGUAUAUAUUCAUGACUCAUAAAUGCCUCCUUUGUUUACCACAUGCACUGAAUUGUUACAUGCCUUUACCUCAAAUGUAUUAUCAUAUUUUAAAUAUAGCUAUCUUGCUUUGUAUCUAAAAGCAUUGACUUCAAGAUAAAAUUAUUGGAAAUUAGUCUCCUAUACUACCAGUCAAAACUUUGGGCAACCUAUCUCAUUCAAUGUUUUUUUGUCUUUAUUUUUAUUACAUUCUACAUUUUGUAUACACACAGAAAGCAUCAAAUAACCUGCAGCAUAUUAUAUAUUCAAAUACCCAAAGUAGCCACCCUUUGCUCCGUCGAAAAAAUAUUUUAUAUAUUUUUUUACUACAUAAUUACACAUAUGCUACUUCAUAUAUGUGAUGUCUUCUGUAUGUAUACAAAAUGUAGGAAGCAAAAAUAAGGAACUGGCUUGUAAUAUAUAUUAAUCUAUGAGAAAACCAUCAAAAAGCCGGAAGAAAAAAUUAUCAAAAAUAAUAAUUGAAACAAAAGGUGAUAUUUUUGCACUUGUGUGAUUAAUUUUAGUCACCUUAAGUGCAAUACUUAAACAUUAACUAAGACAUUUAAAUCAUUAUUUUUCAGUAUUAAAAAUAAUUUAUAUAUUUAUUCUUCUUAAUAUUGCUUGCCCCUACUUGUGUAUCUUGUCUGCAACGUGAACAGCAUGUGAAAGAAGAAUUUUAGUGGUUUUGGGUUAAGAAACUAGAGGUUAGAUUCGAUUAAAUAUGUUGUGUAAAAGAAUUACACAAUUUGCAAUGACAUUCAUGUUCUUAAGUGACUUCUGCUAGAUGUUAAAUAGAUACUGACCAUCCUUUGGUUAAAGUGCGACACAGCAGUUGGAGCUCUCUAAAAAGAAAGGCAGAAGCACUUUAUUUGAUGUUUACUUGAAAUUGUUUGCGAUUUACCUGCUUGUGCACUUACACAAUAUUUAAUUUAAUUUUCUGGGUCUGUUUGAUCAAAGGCUUGGUGGCUUGGUUUGUGCUUUUGUCCAUAAAGUACAAUGCAUUUCAUAUUCAGGUGUAUAUAUUCUGUGAAAUUAUUCUUUUGAAUGUAUUUUUGUUGCUGUGCCAAAUUAUAAAAUUGAAAACUUA